AUGUUUGAUAACCCUCAACAAUUAAAGGAUUUAAAUGUGGGACUUCAUCGAGGAUUCGCCUUAAUCACUUUCGAAAAUCCAAAAAGUGCUUUGGCUGCUUUGGCUCGACGACCUCAUAUGAUUGAUAACGCUCUGCUUCCAGUUGAUCUUUUGAUUCCACGCCAUACGAAACAGCUUCUAACGGAAUUCAAUAUUGAUAGUUUGAAGGAACUAUGA